CCCACGAAGGCCCGGAAUGGCCCGCCCCAGCGAGCCGCGAUACAACAAGUCCACACACUAGGCACCACCCUCCACCCGCCGUCUCGCCAAAACCCUAGCAGCUGCUCAGCUCCCUCCUCCCCUCCCAGAUCUACCUUCGCAUCCGACCAGGGUCCCCUUCGCAGCGCGGGAGAUGGCGGAUCAGGAGGCUCCGGUUGCAGUUGAGGCACCUACCCCGGUUCUUGGAGAGCCGAUGGACUUGAUGACUGCUCUGCAGCUCGUGAUGAAGAAGUCAAGCGCUCACGAUGGGCUCGUGAAGGGUCUUCGUGAGGCUGCCAAGGCCAUUGAGAAGCAUGUCGCUCAGCUCUGCGUGCUUGCUGAGGACUGCGACCAGCCUGAUUAUGUCAAGCUGGUGAAGGCACUCUGUGCUGAGCACAAUGUGCACCUGGUCACUGUGCCUGCCUCUAAAACUCUUGGCGAGUGGGCUGGGCUUUGCAAGAUUGACUCUGAGGGCAAGGCAAGGAAGGUUGUUGGCUGCUCCUGUGUCGUUGUCAAGGACUAUGGUGAAGAAUCUGAGGGCCUUAACAUAGUGCAGGAGUAUGUCAAAUCGCACUAGAUAUAGCAUGUUUCAGUGAUGUUCUGCAUUUUGGACCUGGGCUUAAUGUUAUGCUUGAUUGCUUGGUUCUGGGGCUUGCUAGUUGCUAGGAGAAUUAGAACACUUUACUAGGUGAGCCAAGAGGGUACGAGCAAUUUGGACAUCUGAAUUUUUUUGUUUAUGGUGGUGUCAUCUGGUUUUGAAUGAAAAUCAUCAAGAGCUAAUGCUAUCUUUUGGUCUUUACAUCCGUGUCGGUGUCAACUGGUUAUACUGGUUGCAGUUGCAUGGUCUGCGUUUUGGCCGUGUUGCAUUUGAUAUGAACGAAUCUGUAUGUGGUAUUCUCCUUAUGAAAAAGUGUCACUUUCAAUU